AGCUCAGCUCCUCACCCUCCUGUUUGAUUCUUCCAGCUACCUCACUGCUGGACGAGCAGGACAUCAAAAUGAGUAUCAAAAAGUCUCCUGAAGAACUGAAAGGCAUUUUUGAAAAAUACGCAGCCAAAGAAGGUGAUCCAAACCAGCUGUCAAAGGAGGAGCUGAAGCUAUUGAUUCAGAAUGAAUUCCCCAGUUUACUGAAAGGUCCAAGCACCCUAGAUGACCUCUUUCAAGAACUGGACAAGAAUGGAGAUGGAGAAGUUAGUUUCGAAGAAUUCCAGGUGUUAGUAAAAAAGAUAUCCCAGUGAAGGAAAAAAACAGAACAGUAUCAUUCUAAGAACCAGAAAAAGAGCACCUGGGAUGUGGUCCGAUUCUAUAUGAAAUCACCAAUGUCUCUGCUCACUUCUUUGUAAUUGUAAUGAUCUAAUAGUGAAGGCAAUUUAUUGUUAAUAAAGAAAC